AUUCUCGAGAAAUGUAUGUAGCGCUGAUUUUCAAAUUUCUAAUGCGAUGAGCAAUGUAUAUAUUCGUUACGUAACGAGCUUUCUAUCAUUAUUGAUCAAACUAAUACAGAAAAAAAUGGAGGAACCGAAAAGACGAUCUGUGCUCGACUUUAUGCGAUCCGGUAGACGUUUGGAUACUUGUCGUUUGGUAUUUUGUGCAAAAAUUACAGUGCCUGCCGAAGAGAUAUUAAAAGUCUACACAGCGUUCGCAAAAGAGACAUUUCCAGACACCGUCAGCGGACUUCUUCUUGUUUACCCGGAUUACGUUCUGCAUCUGAUCGAAUCUUCAGAGGAUGAAAUUUUUCAACUGUGUCUAAACUUCCAAAACAUUCAUCCCAAUUGCCUUGGUGUCUCCAGGUGUUUUCCUGUUCAAACCGACGUGAGAAAUCGUUUUUUCGAUAGAUGGUACGCAAUAAGAGUCAUCACGUACAAUCUUACUGAUGCCGAUACAGCUCUAGUCAACGUGAAAGAUAAUUUUGAAGAUAUUACAAAGAUUUACAAGGAGACAGUCGUCGGUCUUUACAGAUUAUAUCACGAGCUAAGGAUGUGUAACGUUACCAGUACUGUACGCUUCAUGGAGAAGCUAGAAUCUCUCAAGGAGGAUGGUCAUCCUCUUCUGCCACAGGAUACCGCCCUGGAGUUCAUCCUAAACAGUCGUUGGGGCGACAGUCUACAGACUCUCAUAGAUAAUUAUUGGAACCCGACAUAUCCUGAUGAGAAUGAUGAUAUCUGGCCAUUCUCAGAAGUGACGUUGCCCUGCGUGGAUUUUAAUGAAAUUGAAUCGAUCAAGAUGGAAUUGAAAAAAUUAAUAGAAGCUAGUGGGAACAAUGGUGAAUCAUCUGGAAGUACCUAAAGAGUUUAAGAUAUUUUAGAACCAGGUAUUAUUAGUUCAAACAACUGGAUUACUAGAGAAUUAAUAUCUUUUUAAUGUCAUUCAUAAAUAUUUACAAACCACGUGUCUUGCAGAUAUUGUAAUACCUGCGUGCCUGGCCUGGCUUUUUUAGACAUCCGUACAAAUCAUUUACUUUCAAACAAUCCGUUUUAGUCAUAGCUUUUCUUUGACCCAGUAUUUUUUUUUACAUUGUUGGUGUCAAUGUUGGCUUCUUUGGAUUUACACUGAAGAAAUUCCAUCCGUAAUGCAUAAUAUUUUUGUAAUCAUACUCAUAGCUGUAUGCCGUGUUCUCCAAUGACUGCUUAUUAAAGUUGAUGCGAAAUUCUGUGGAACAAGCGAAUUUACGAUUAAAGGUAAUCAUAUGUCAAUGGCGUAUCUGUAAUUUUAAUUAGACUGUUUAAUUAAUUACGAGGAAUUAUAUUCUCUAAAUGCACUUUGACGAAUGCAUCUUUAUCAGCUCGACUCUGCUCAUGAAAUAUUCUUAAUGCGUGUAUCAAUUCGUGAAUUGCUUUUCCCUCGUCACCAAGGCAAUUAGGUUCAUUCUCAUCUGGUGGUUGCAAGGAGAGUACUUGUGCUCCGCCGAAUUUACCGACAAAGGAUCAGCAACUGGAUUAAAUUGAUAUCAAAUUAGAUUAAGAUAUAUUUAAAUCAAUCGUUGUUGUUUACCCUUUUGGAUAUUUAAUGGGCCAAAUCAAUAAGAAAUCCGGUGCUAUGCCGUUCCAAGGUAUAAAUUUCACACAUGUCAUGUAAUUCAUAUAAGUUAUGGCUUUGUAUAUCGUCACAUAAUCGGGUAUAUUUAUAAAGAUAUUGCAGCUUGCAGUUUUAUUAAUUAAUAUUACAAUUAGUGAUUCUGUUAAUAAUUAUAACAAAUAUAUGUACCGUACAAGGGACUUAUAACGUAAGGAACUGUCCGAUUUUUCCAAAGCUUAUCAGGAAAGAUAUCCCAGCGUAUGCCUAUCCGCCAGUAAUCAAGAUUCUAGAGGUAUAUUAAUUAGGUUGAAUAACUGUUUAAUUAAAAGUUGGUAAUUAUUAGGCAACCAACUCAAUCUUACUUCACUGGACAUGGCCAUGUCGCCUUGAAAUAAACCAGGACGUACUUUCGGAUCUUGAGAGGAUUCUUGUAGCAGUUUUAGUUCCUCGGGUAUAAUUUGCACUAAAAUAUUUGUACUACCUUAAUUAUUUAAUGUAAAAAUUACAAAAAUAUCUUACCAAUGUCCCCUAAUACUGGAUGCAUGGCAUUAGGAAGAGAGAACUUCAAGUUACUCGCAGAAAAUGCAUCGGCAUUGUUACACAGGAAUAAUAGAAUAAUUCGUAAUACUGUUAACACCAUCGUAUUAAAAAAAAAUGCAAUCUUGACUUUGUUAUCAAUAAAUGCAAAAGAAAUUAGAUUAAAGCGGUAUUAAAUUUAUAUAAUUUUAAUAGUCAGGAAAUCCUGUAUAACGUUCAGUAAUAAAAUCAGUGCUUCGAACAAGA